GCAGACAUGACAUAUACUGACACAUCCGCUGUUGAUUAGACCAGAGGCUGUUUCACCGCAAUUAAAUGACAUCAGGAGAAGAUCGAGAGAAAAGAGCAGAGGGGACAACCCAAUCAAUACCUGGAGAGCUUUCAUUGUUGAGGGGUUCUGUAUCUGCGGGCCGCACUACUUUCGAGAGUGGGUUGAGAGGAUAUCCUAAUAAAACUUGCGUUGUGAUAAAAGUUGGUUUUGCGUAAAUGUCAUCAUGGCGCUGGGCCGCCCCUCUUUCUCCAUCAACGACAUCCUCACCCGGGGACGUGACACACGAGACCACAUUCAAAUUUCACGAGAUCUGACAGAUCUAUGCGCGUUAAAACUGGCCACCAUCAACCGGGAUCAGCCAACCGAGAGCAGAGAUGGGACCUCGAGGGGCCCCGGUUCAUCCACGUCGGACUGCAGUGAGGAGCACAAACGGGAUGAGAUGGAGAUGAUACACAUCCGCCAAGGAAAUAUUCGUUCCUCUCCCGGUUUGGGCGACAUCAGGAACCCCACGUCUGAGGCCGGUAGUGAAGAGUCCACCGGAGAAGAGACGGAAUACAUGUCAUGCAGAAAAGACAUAAACAACAAACAACUACCCAGUCUGGAUCAAGACAAACAGAGGGAGGAAGAGGAGGAGGAGGAGGAGAGGGAAAGUAGUUACAGCACCGUAGGCCAACCCAUAUCUGGUAACAAGAAGCGCUCCCGUGCGGCCUUCUCCCACGCGCAGAUCUACGAGCUAGAGCGCCGGUUUAACGUGCAGCGCUACCUGUCUGGUCCUGAACGGGCGGGCCUGGCGGGCGCCCUGAAGCUCACGGAAACCCAGGUCAAAAUCUGGUUCCAGAACCGGAGAUAUAAGACCAAACGGCGGCAGAUGGCGGCCGAACUAGCCUCCCGUAACUACUCUACACCAGCCACACUAGCUAAGAAAGUGGCGGUGAAGGUCCUGGUUCGAGACGAUCAAAGACAGUACGGUGAGGAUGACCUGUCCAGUCCGCCAGCUAUGCCUCUCUACCCGGCCUACCAAUAUGGAUACUACCCCUACAUGUUCUGCUUCCAGCCAUGGCUCUCUAGCAAUGCACUUUGUGGGGGGGGCAUGCAUUGACACAAUGGCGUAGCCAGGCCUCAAAAACAUGACAUUCAUUAACUUUAUGGAUUUAGGCCUACUAGAAGAAGACAAAGACACUGGGUCGAGAUUUCUACAUGCGUUUCUGUGUAAAUACUUUAUUUAUUCUCUCGUGGAGAGUAAGAUCAUUUCGACCCACAAUGAGCCUUUUUGAUUCUGUAGCCUACACCUGCAAGGACAAUCCUAUCGACAUCCCUCAGACAACAUUGAGGAUACAGCUAAAUGAAAUACAGGUCCUGAAUAACGUAGAAGGCCUAGAUAAUAAUAUUGAAAUUAUUACGCAGGAAUGUAUAGACAAAUAAUAACUCAAUAAAGCUUUAACACAA